UCAACGGAUUUGAAGUCUGACUCUUAUAUUGGACCGUAGUUGACAAAACCCGCUUCAUGUAGUAGUUGGAUGCGACACUUUUCUAUCGGAAGAAACCACUAAUACAUCGUUGGUGUUAUAUGGGCUGCUACUUGUUGGUUUGUUAAUUUGUAUGAGGUCUUUCUCACGGUAACAAUGGGAUACAGCAGAUUCACGCUGCAGUGGGGCCUUGCUUUUGUUUUCCUUGUCCUGCACGCCGUUUAUGGAGACGUGAGCUACUCUAUCCCGGAGGAGAUGAAACGUGGAUCUAUAAUUGGAAAUAUCGCCAAAGAUUUGGGACUUGAUUUGGGCAGACUGUCUGGUCGCAAGGCCCGUAUUGAUACCGAAGACAACAACGUUCAAUACUGCGGCAUUAACCUGAGUACCGGAGACUUGAUCGUACAGGAAAGGAUUGACAGAGAAGGGCUUUGUGCGAAAAAGGCAUCAUGUGUUCUAAAACAGGAACUGGUGCUGGAAAAUCCAUUAGAGCUGCAUCGUAUUAGUAUCCGCGUUCAGGAUAUCAACGACAAUUCACCGCAGUUUAAAGAGGAUUCACUUAAAAUUGAGAUUCGGGAAUCAGCGGACAAGGGUGCACGUUUUCUUCUUGGGGAAGCACACGAUGGUGACAUAGGAGAAAAUGCUGUUCAGGGCUACUCACUUCAGCAGAACGAUCAUUUCAAAUUAAAUGUAAACACAAAAGCGGGUGGGCGAAAAUAUGGUGAAUUAGUCCUAGACAAAGAAUUAGACAGAGAGGACAAAAAAGAGAUGAUGUUAUUGCUUACCGCAUUCGACGGAGGCUCUCCUCAGAGAUCAGGCACUGUCCUCAUACAUGUCAGUGUACUGGAUGCUAAUGAUAAUGUACCAGUGUUUAGCCAAACAGUCUAUAAAGCUAGUCUGGCUGAAAACUCUCCUCUGGAUACACUGGUGAUCACAGUGAGUGCCACUGAUGCAGACGAAGGUUUAAAUAGCGAAGUUACAUACGGAUUUGAUCAUGUCUCAGAUGAAAAUGACGAUAUAUUUUCCUUAGACUCAAAAACAGGAGAGGUGAGAGUAGCUGGAGGUAUUGAUUAUGAGAAAGUGUCAUCCUAUGAAAUGCAAAUAAGUGCAAAAGAUGGUCUGGGAUUAGUAACAUAUGCAACGUUAAUGAUUGAAAUCACGGAUAUAAAUGAUAACGUCCCUGUUGUAUAUCUAAAAUCACUAACCAACCCUAUACCCGAGAACGUGUCACCUGGUACAGAGGUGGGCAUCAUUAACGUGCAGGAUAGAGACUCUGAAAAUAAUCGACAG